UAAAUGAUGGCGCCAGGUGUGGGGUCCAGUGACAGGCUCCCGUCCCGCCUUCCGGACGAUCCUUCGGCCGGAAGCCACCACCGUUAUCUCCUCGCCCGCCGCCGCAAGCGCCACCGCCCAUCCGGCGCCUUCCGCGAGACAUGCAGACGCCAAACCCUAGCCUCCUCCUUGGCACCUCCCUCUGCUCCCUCCUCUUCCUUCUUCGAGCUUUCCAUUCCUCCACCUCCGUCAGGUCCCCCGCCGCCGUCCACUCGUCCAGCCCCUUCGGCCCGCCGCCGAGGCUGGCGUACUUCGUCACGGGGUCCGCCGGAGAUGCCUCCCGGAUGCUUCGCCUCCUCCGCACUAUUUACCACCCUCGCAAUCAGUACCUUCUUCACCUGGACCUCGCCGCUCCGGCCGCCCAGCGGCGUGACCUCGCUCUUGCCGUCCGCUCCGUCGACGCGUACGUCGCGUUCAGGAACGUCAACGUCGUCGAGCGGGCGGACCGCGUCGAUCGCGACGGGUCGACGGCGCUUGCUUCGAUGCUCCAUGGUGCCGCCGUGCUGCUCCGGUACGGCGCGAACUGGGAUUGGUUCGUCAAUCUUGACGCGUCCAGCUACCCGCUCAUCACUCAGGAUGAUCUUCUCCAUAUGCUCUCUUUUGUGCCAAGGGAUUUUAACUUUAUAGAGCACUCUAGUGACAUUGGCUGGAAAGAGUAUCAAAGAAUUAGACCCAUCAUUAUGGAUCCAAGCCUGUACCUUGCAUCUGAAAGUGAGAUAUUCUAUACUUCAGAGAAGCGUGAUAUGCCUAGUGCCUACAGGUUUUUCACAGGUUCAUCUUCUGUCAUCUUAAGCCGUAAGCUGCUUGAGUUCAGCAUCCUUGGCUGGGACAACUUCCCAAGGACCCUGCUUCUUUACUUCUCCAACAUGAAAUCCUCACAGAAUGGUUAUUUUCACACCCUUGUAUGCAACUCCAAACCUUUCCGUCGAACUGCUGUCAAUUCCAAUCUGCGGUUUGUGGCAUGGGAUAAUCCUCCUGGAGAUGAGCCACGUUAUCUCAACUUCGGGGACUUGAGCAGGAUGAUGCGAAGUGGUGCUGCGUUUGCUCGAAAGUUCCGGGAAGAUGACCCUGUCCUUGAUAAGAUUGACAAGAAGAUCUUGCAUCGCUACCAUGAUAGAUUUGCUCCUGGUGGGUGGUGCAUCGGGAGGGACGGGCGGGGAAGAGAUCCUUGCCAGGUUUGGGGUGAUCCUGAUAUUCUGAGGCCUGGGCUUCUUGCUAAAAGGUUGGAGAAGCUGUUGCUGACGGUCCUGUCGAACUCCAGCUUCCAUUCCAAUCAAUGUGUGUAUAAGUGAUUUCUUGGCUUGUUCUGUCUAGCAAUCGGCGGAGGAAAAAAUUUUCAUAUGAUUCAUAAUGUCUAGCGAAUAGAUUUGGCAAGUCACCCUCAGUUUUGUUUUAUACUCUAUCUAGGCGGUGCAUUUCAUCAAAAGUAUACCAUGAGGUUAGUAAUGGUGUUCAAAUUGAUAUCAGGUCACCACCUGUCUGUUGCCCAGCUGGUUGGACCAUGCUUUUAUUCUUUAUACAGUGCCUUGAUGGGAGUACACUGUAAAAUGCUCGUGGCUGGGCAAGGUCAAAUGGGUGGGAACCUAGUUUCUGUUUAAGGGAGCUUGUUUAACACUUCAGAUCUUUUUGGAACUGGGAUUUGACAGAUUAAAGGCAUUAGCUGUUGACA